ACGGGAUGGGACGAACAUCGGCACCACCGAUUCUUGUGCUAACGGCAUUUCCCCCCCUCGAACAGCAGCGUCUUCGCUUGUCCGGCUGUUACCUGAUUCUAUGCUAUACUGGAGCGCGGCCGGUCGAGCUAUGGACAAUGAGAAGCAGAGACCAAAAGACAGCUAGCUCCCUUGGGGAGCAUUUCGGGUCGAAAGCUAUCAUGCCCGGUACUACAUCACAGAACAAGCCGCUGCC